UCUCGCACCGAGGCGUCGACGUCACACGUCGUUAGCACUCUGGACAGUGAGGAACUCCCGCCGUCGUGCCACCUGUUAAAGGCGCAUCCUCUGCACCCUUUCCGAAUUGAUUCUUCUCAUUUCUCGUCUCGCCGAGACGAUUUCUCGAUCAUUCGACCGCUCGAUCGAAGUCAUCGGCGGCAAAGUCGUUCUUCGCAGAAGACCUUAACGUCCUGCCUUGAGAAAGGAAAUUUCAUCCCCGUGCGUCGUCCCUUUAUUUUUCCGCGAAAGAUUCGCGAAGAAAAUUCUACGGUCGAGAGGAUUCUUCCACGGGCCGGUUCUUCCUCGUCUGGAGUCUCCGCAAAUUCAACAAAUGAACGUCGUUAAUUUAUAUUCUUCCUGCACGAUGAUACUGCUCGGCAUUUUGGCGUCUACGACGAUAAUCGGCCUCACAAGUUCCGCUCCUCUAUCAUCGUACGAAAGAAGGGAGGACGUGUCGGAUGAUCGUCCGAAAAUUUUCCUGCUGAUGGAUCAAAGGAUACCAGAACUGGAGGAUGAAAUAUUGGGCAACGAACUCGGAUCGGAAGUGACGCGCGCCAAGAGGAUCGGAUCCUUGUCGAUCGUCAACAACCUGGACGUGCUGAGACAGAGGGUCCUGCUGGAGCUGGCUCGUAGGAAGGCUCUGCAGGAUCAGCGACAGAUCGACGAAAAUCGCCGGGUCCUCGAGAGUAUCGGCAAGAGAUCGGUGCCGGGAUCGGAUGCUGGCAGAAUCGCGGCGAGAUCCGAGAAAUCGAGGAACAAUCGAGGCGAAGGAUCGUUCAACAGAUUCGAAUGGACCGAAGAGGACGAUCCGUUGGUCCGUGAAUCGCAGGACGAUCGGAUGACCAAAGUGCAGGCUAACGAACUACGUCUGUUGUAACCGCGUCCACGACCUGCAAAGAAAAACUCCAGAUCCGAUAUCUUUUAGCUCUAUUGCUAUAUGCGAUUUUUAAUCGGCCAUUUUAUUAUUAAUAAGUUAUUUUAUCAAUUGUCCUUGUUUUUUUGUUAUUUAUGCGUAUUUCUCGGGUGACAAAUAGUUUACGGCAUUAAGGCAGAUAGGCGAUACAAGUGUAAAAAAUUGCUAAAUUUUACAAUUUAAUGUGUAAAACAGUUGCGAACAAAUUCAAAUUGAGAAAUCGAAAUAUUUUUACGGCAUAAUAUUCUCAACUCCUCUUCUAUAUAAUUUCCAUUAAUUUUAAUGUUUAUUUAUUUGAGUCAGAUUGCAAUAUAUUAAUGCACGAUCCGGCAUUUGUGGUCUGACAAAGAAUAAAAAAUCGCGAUUGCAUUGUUCGAAGAUACGAUAUAUGUACGAUGAUGUAUGUCUGAUAGAUUUGUGACUAUAUUGCGCGUUGAACGUUCUCCAAAAACAAACGCGCAGAGAUCUGAGAGCUUUACUUAUCGUUCCUUUCUUAUAUCUUAGCUUCUUCGGACAUGGAGACAAUGGUGUAACGAAGCAGUAUUAUACAUUGUGAUCUUGUGGUCUAAGAGUUCUUCUAUAUUUCGCAGAGAAUAUAUUCCCGUUCCUCUUAGCGUGUAUUUAGUUAAAUUGUAUCCGCAGCACUUAUCAAUUAUUCGCAUUUGUAGAAGACGAUGCGACAAUGUAUGAGAGCGACGCGUGAGUUGAUUAAACUUGCAACUUCACUCUUUUGCCAACCUCUAUAUAAAUGUACAAAUACUUCGUUAUAUUCGAUAGCGAUAUCGCCUUUCUCGCGUAAAUCCAGCGUCGAUCGUUGGAUGCGACAGGCACUCGACUGCAUGUGUGUACCUGCAGUUUGCAACUCUGAACGAAGUCUAUUUUCUGCAUAGUGUGUUAAUCAAAGAUAAAUUGUCCACGAAUCGAUAAAUAAUUACUUAAAUCUUGUAAAAGGAUCCGGAAAUCAGAUAUACUAUUUAAUGUUGAGAGAAGACUAUUAUAAUAUAUGAUAAGAUCGAUAAAGUACAACAGAUGUAUUCUACAUACUAAUUUAGAAAUAGUUUUACAUGCAUCUUGUUUUUUGCUUGAUUUUAAAUUUUAAUUUAAUUUUCAUUAAAUGAUUAUACGAUACAAUUGUUUUUCUUUUAACUUUCAUUACUGAUAACUAUAUGCGAUUUUAUUUCUUAUAUCGUCUCUUCUUGCUGUUGUUUAUUUACACAGUUAUUAUUUAUCGUAACAAGAGUACAAAAGCAGCGAUUAUUAUCGACUAAAGUUUAAAAUAGUUUAAAAUAAUAUACAGAAUUAUUUUAAGAUGUCACGGAUGAAAAUACGGCAAAUAGAACAUGUAUGCAUUAUCACUAUGAUUAUUUAAUAUGCAUUCGAUACGAUUGUGCCACAUACAAGAAUAUCUAUAUAAAAAAUUGAAAUUGUUUCAAUUUGUUUCAUCAAAAUGCGAUCUUAGGAUAUCCAAGAAAAAAAUAUAGUUAUUAAAUCUCUUUCAAUAAUAA